AUGAAAGAAUCAAAGUACUAUAUAGCAGCAGGUUAUGAACAGAUGGAUAUCCACACCAUGGAGCAGUUUCCAUCAAAACAGUUUUAUCAGAGGCUCAGAGGAGGGUUCCUAAAGGUAAGUUGGAGGAAAUUGGUAUGUAAUAAUCUUGGUCUGCCUAAAUGGAUCUUUAUGUUAAGACUUGUUGCACAUGGCAAGCUUUAUACAAGGGAUAAGCUAAGCAAAUGGGGUGUAAUCUGUAAUGUGAUGUGUCCUCUGUGUGAUAAAGAGUCUGAGAGCCACUCCUGUUUAUUCUUCUUGUGUGAAAUGUCUGCCCAAAUUUGGCAAAGACUUCUCCAGUGGCAAGGAAUUACUAGGAGGCCUAAGGAUUGGGAUGCAGAAAUACGAUGGUUGACCAAUUAUGCUAAAGGAAAGAUUGCCAAAGCAGAGCUGUACAGAAUAGUGCUUGCAGCUGCAGCAUAUACUAUAUGGAAGGAAAGGAACAUGAGAGUUUUUCAGGAUAAGAAACAGCAACUGGAUGUGAUGAUCAAGCUUGUAAUGCAAGAGAUGUUCUUUAGAGGCAAUCUGAGAACCAAAGUAGCUAGAUGGUUGACAAAUUUUAACUUUUAUCCCGUUUAA